AACGAGAGCCUUGGCCUUCAGGGAAUAUCCGUAAUUAUAGGGCUGGAGUAGAGCGAGAGAGGUACAGACCCCAGAGUACAUCACGAAUGUACCUUGCCGAAUUUACAUCCCCAAUCUUGCGCCAGUUAUCGCUGUACUAGGUAUCUUAUCUUUCACCGCUCCGGAUACCCCUAUCUUCACCGAGCGCACGGACCCAGAGAGAUGACCAUAAACAGAGUGAAUCGUCGAGGUGGACGUCAGAGCCAGGGUCACAGGGAGAGGUGAAAAUUAUUCCGACAAAGGCAUCAUCAGAUCAGUAGCACCGCACCUAUACCUCACCCAUUUAUAAUGGGAUACCACGAUCUCACAGAGACGGCGAAGCUGUCCCCUCCCAUCGACACCUCCCAGCCCUACGACAUAACCAAGGUAGUCGGCAAGACUAUCCUCAUCACGGGGGGGGCUCUCGGCCUGGGCGCCGCCUUCGCCCGGCACUGGGCCGCACACGGCGCCAACCUGGUCAUCGGCGACAUCAACGACACCGCCGGCGAGCAGCUCGUCGCCGAGUUCCGCACGCGGCACCCUGACGCCAGCCACCACUUCUUCCACUGCGACGUCACCGACUGGGACUCCCAAGUCGCCCUCUUCAAGGCCGCCGCCCGCGCCUCGCCGCAUGGAGGCAUCGACGUCGUCGUCGCCAAUGCAGGCGUCAACUUGCCGCCCGCCAACUACCGCUUCGAGAACCCCCUGGCCGACCCUUCCGACCCGGACGCCCCGCCGCGGCCCGACACCCGCAUCAUCGACAUCAACGUCACAGCCGCCAUGCACACCGCCCACCUCGCCCUCUUCUGGCUCCCGCGGAACGCUCCUAGUCAGCUGAACCCGGCCCCGCGUGACUCGCACUCGUCGUCGCACUCGUCGUCGUCGUCGGUGUCGCCGUCGCGGGACCGCUGCCUCCUCCUCGUCGGCUCCGUGGCCGGCCUCUCCCCCUUCGUAGGCCAGGUCCAGUACACGGCCUCGAAGCACGCCAUCACGGGUCUGUUCCGUGCCCUGCGCGGAAGCGCCUGGACGCACGGCGUCCGUACAACGCUGUUGUGCCCUUACUUUGUCAGCGGGUCCAACAUGCUCCCGACUGCCAUCGAGGCUGCUUUCCUCGCCGGUGGCGCCGGCGGUGCGUCCAUCGAAGACGUCGUUGACGCAGCUACGCGUCUGGUAGCCGACGAUGGAAUCGUCGGCAGGGCACUGGUGGUUGGGCCACGUGUGGGCGAUGUCGAGGAGGAUGACGGCGAGGGCGCGAAUGGCAGCAAGGAAACGAAUCGGGGCCAAGAGACCAGGGCGACAACGGGUAUCUGGGAUUGCUACGCUGAAGAUUACAAGGAUGCCGAGACAUUCAUUUGGCGAUGGGUGAGGAUGUUGAACGCCGUGGAGAAGGCCAAGGGCGUGGUAGGCUUGGUCACGGACCUGGUGGCCAUUCUUUUCAGGACGAAAAGAAGCGCGCGAGCCUGGUCGUAAGUCG